CAGACACUGUGAUUGACAGCUGAGUGUCUAAUUAGCGCAGUUCUGCAUGUUCAGGCGCACGAGCCCGCAGCUUUCUCUCACGGAGAGCGAAUGGAUCUCUGACAGAAUCUCACCGGAACGCGCGCGCCUGCUGUCCUGUCAGAUGGACGUCUCUUGUCCUGUUUCUGGACAGAAGAACCUGAGCCCUGAUGACCCCUCUUCAACCCCCCUGAACACCCUGACUUCUCCCACACCCCCUAAAGACUCCUCCCACUCACCUGCUCCCUCGACCACGCCCCCUAUUAGACAGAUGCGCCGGGGGCGGGGCUUUGCUACAGCGGUGAAGCAGGUGAUUCAGGAAGAGAGGAAGAAGAAAGAGGAGGAACAGGAAAGGGUGGAGCAGGAAGAGGAUGGACCUGAAGAAGAUCUGAGCUUUGAGGAGCUUCUAGAAAAAGCUAAAGCGGGAGAUCCUAAAGCCCAAAGCAGGUUGGGUAAAUACUAUCUAAAGUUAGGGGCAGACUCUGAUGCGGAUGUAAAUAACGAGGCAGCUGUUGAGUGGCUGGUGAGAGCAGCAAAACAGGGACGGAGAGAUGCAGCAAAACUACUACAACACUGCUGGAUCCAAAAAAAGGGGCUCACGCCACAGAACGAAGCGGAAGUGCGCUCUCUGUCGACGGAGAGUAAAUUCGAGCAGGCAGUUCGGCGAGCAGCGAUGGUGAUGUUCUGGAAAUUAAAUCCAGACAGGAAGGAGAAAAUGGACACGAGGGAAAUAUUACACAACGCCAGUCAGGUGAACAGAGAAGCAGGUGGUGUCUGUGGUGGAAAUUCAGACGUCCAGACGCAGAGGAAGAUUUUAAAGACAAUAGUGGCCACUGAUUCACAUAGUCAGUAUGUGGAUGUGGAAGGAUUUGUGGAGAUGACAAAAAAAUACACAGAGAACAUCAGACACACACCACAGAGUGAAGAGUCGACGCAGGACACCGGGGGAAGAGGAGGGUGGGACUGGAGUGAUUUAACACUGGACAAGACCUCAAAGAAGGGGGUGUGUCCUGUUUCUAAAAGGAGGGUGUGGCCUGGCAGUCAGAUAAUGCUGGAAACAAAGCACAGCAUGAAGAGAGCCAUGAACAUACAAUCUUAUUUCUUGGGUCUGCAGUAUCCUCUCCACCUCAUCCUGGAUGUAAAGGAGCACUUGGUGGACUGGGCGUCUCGUGCAGGUGUUCAGUGGUUGAGCACCAUCAUACCGACACAACAUGUUAAUGCACUCGUCUUCUUCUUCAUCAUCUCAAACCUGAGUGUAGAUCUGUUCUUCUUCUUCAUCCCUCUCCUUACAUUCUACCUGGCUUUCAUCUCCAUGGCAAUCUGCACUCUGCGAGUGUUUCGUAGCAGUAAAUGCUGGGAGAACUUUAGUGCUUUAGCAGCUCUCCUGCGGCGUUUUGAACCUGAGCUGGACGUUGAGUCUCAAUUUGGCUGGAAGCAGCUGGAACAGCACCUUUACUUCCUGGUUUCUGUGUGUUUUGUGAUCUUCAGUUUUCCACUUGCUGAUAAACGCUGGAUUCCUUGUUCAGAGCUCUGCACGGUGGCCAUGUUCUUCACAGCUCUAAGUUAUGCCUCUCUGACUCCUGCAGCGGCGUCGUACACACGCAGAGCAUUCAUCAUUGAGGUGGCCUCCUCCCUUUGUGCCCUAAUGACUCGUCUUCCUGAGGAAUUUAAGACGCUGCGACUUUUAGGCCAAACAUUUGCAGCGGUUCCAGUGGGAGAUCUGGUGGUUGUUACGGUCAGCCUACCGUGCCUGCUUUAUCUCUACCUUUUCUACCUGUUCUUUAGCAUGGCCCGGAUGCAUGGAUUCAGAGGGACGUAUUGCUUCCUGGUUCCAUACCUAGUGUGUUUUAUGUGGUUGGAAUUUGCAGUGAUUCUCCUGCAGAACUCCACGCUGAUCGGACUGAUUCGCACUUGUGUUGCGUACUUCCUGUUUCUGUUUGCUCUGCCUGUACUGGCACUGGGACUAGCGGCUAUGCUAAUGAUCCAGAUGAUAAAGUGGUUUCUGGAACUGGAGCUAACAAAAAUGUUGGUUACUUUGGCUGUGUGUGUGGUUCCUGUCACACUCCGUCUGUGGACCCGCUUCAGUCUAUCGAUUCUGAGCGUGCUGCGCUCCAUCACACACCGCGGCCCAGUCAAACUCAUCCUGUUGUGUUUGUGCUGUGUCUUUUUGGUGUGUGUGGGUUAUGUGUACAGUACAGAGGGGCUGAAGGUGUAUAACUCCACACUGACAUGGGAACAGUAUGACACAGUGUGUGGCCCCCCAGCAUGGAAACAGCAUGGAAUUACACAAACUGAGAUCCUCUGUAGUCAUCUGGAGGGACACAGGGUAACAUGGAGUGGAAGGUUUCAAGGUGUUCGAGUGGCUGAGACAGAGAACGGAGCUCAGUCUCUCAUCAACUUGCUGCCUGUGUUUAUGGGUGAUUGGCUACGCUGCCUGUAUGGAGAUGAAUAUCCGUCCUGUGAGGGGAGAAAUGUUAGCGAUUCAUUGCAGGAACAAAUGAGUGCAAAUGCAUCCGUUCUCUUCCAGCAGCAAGAGGAAGAGGAACUCUGCCGCAUCAAACCUGUGGCUAAACACCACUGCCACGUUAAACGAUUUGAUAAGUACCGCUUUGAAGUAACUGUGCGCAAUCCAGUGGCAGGAGCUGAAAUUCAAGAUAGUGACAUCAUCCUUCUCGCCAGCCAUGAGUUUAAGCAGGUAUUGUUAAACCUAGAUGAGAGCAGCAUGGUGGAGUUUAGCACAAAGUUGGAAGGGAAACUGGGAUCCAAACUACCAAGACUGGAGCUGAAAGCAAUUCACUGUCUGAACUGUAGAUCAUCUCUACUGCCCGAAGGACGACAAGUCAAAAUCGAACGCAACUGGAGGAAAAGUGUGCAGGCGGCCAUCAAAUUUGCCUUUGACUUUUUCUUCUCUCCGUUGCUCACGGCCAGGAUCAAGGUUUGAGGAAGAGAAGUGUAGAAAUGAGUAAAUAUUCUUUGGAUGAAUAAUUAAGUGUUUCAAUGCUGAUAGAGAAAAGCAGGAGAAGGUUUAAUGUUAAUUUGCUCCUUCGAUGCUGAAGUUUGCUGUGAAAAACAAAGUUCAUAUUAGUACCUGAAAAUGUGUGUACAGUUUAUAAUCGCUGAGAAUGAUUUUGCAUGUACAAUGUGGUGUUCUAGAAGCUUCUGGCUUUUUCAGCAGCAAAACUAAAACAGAAUAAACAAAGCUGAACAUGCUUAUUUUAUCAAACCAAAAGGAACAGUUAGGGAUCUGGUAUAUUACUCGAUUUUAUAAAUGUAAAAAAAAAAAAUAUUUGUGUGUGUAUGGCACUGCAUAAGUUGAUUGUGUGUGUGUUAAUUAAAAGUCCACUUGAACAAAUAUUAGGCAUGAGUUUUGUUUGUGUGUGUACAGUGGAGGUCUACUGCCUGAGAAAAGUUAAUUUAUAAACAUUUGUAAACAUUAUAAAUCUUAUAAAAUAUUAACAUGUUGAACUGAUAAAGCUUCAGCGAUGAAAUCAUCACCUGUCGAUGCCUUCCUUCACAACAUACAGUGAAAGCGAUAUUCUGGUGUAAAAAUUAGUGUAAAAUUUUCUGUGAACUCUAUAGAAUAAGUUGGAGUAGGAGAUGGAAAGAAAACGAUGUGAAGUUACACCUGUUACACAGCAGCACUUCAUAACCCGGCAAUGACGGGUUUCUUCCUCUUCUGUACUGAAGAGCUUCUGUGUGCUGUUCAAAAUCACUUUCUUUUAUGAUUUUUGCUUUUUAACCAUGAAAAAUUAACUACUUGCUGCUGAAAGAUAUCUGUUGUGAAAAAUCUGUUUUGGGUUCAGGCUUGAAAUUGAACAGUACCGCUCAGCUUGUCUCAGCUCGGGACAAAUGAUCUCCUUACAGGGUUCAGUUUAAAUCAAAGCUUUAAUAUAGAGCUGAAGCCCCUCCUCUUGUCGGUCAGAUGUUAAACCACAGCACCAUUGAUGCAGAGCAACGUUACUCACAUCAUUAGUGCUUAUAUACAUUCUAGUGUAAUAUUCAUUUCUUUGAUAUUAGAAUAUGAUUGUGUUGUUUUAUAUACAUGUGAGAAACACAGGAUUAAACAUGCAUGUUUGUGUGAGACAGAGAAAAUAUGUUGUUUAACAGCUAUGUGUUAAAUGUGUUUAGUACGUGUGAGGUCAGUGAUAGGUGAGUGUGUAGUUGAGGAUAGUGUGAGGUCGGUGAUGGGCGAGUGUGUAGUUGAGGAUAGUGUGAGGUCAGUGAUGGGCGAGUGUGUAGUUGACAUUAGUGUGAGGUCGGUGUUGGGCGUGUGUGUAGUUGACCUUAGUGUGAGGUCGUGUUGGGCGAGUGUGUAGUUGACAUUAGUGUAAGGUCAGUGUUGGGCAAAUGUGUAUUUGUCGUUACUGUGAGGUCGGUGAUGGGUGAGUGUGUAGUUCACAUUAGUGUGAGGUCGGUGUUGGGCGAGUGUGUACUUGACGUUAGUGAGGUCGUUGUUGGACAAGUGUGUAUUUGGCGUUAGUGUGAGGUCAGUGUUGGGCAAGUGUGUAUUUGGCGUUAGUGUGAGGUCAGUGUUGGGCAAAUGUGUAUUUGUCGUUACUGUGAGGUCGGUGAUGGGUGAGUGUGUAUUUGGCUGUGGCAGUGGGGGCGUGGCCGAGUGCCGGUUUGGUAAUGGAGGGCGAGGCUGGGAGCAGGUAGACCCGGGAAUGCCUCACCUGAAGCAAAUAAUGUCUAAUGAGUGUUCUCUCUUUUUCAGUGAUCAGAGGGGGCAUUUAAGGAGGAGAGCGAGGAUGGGUGUGUGUGUGUGUGUGUGUGUGUGUGUGUGUGUGUGUGUGCCAGAAACGUGCGGUUGAGGCACUGAGCACCAGCCAAAACUAAUAUAUGAAUAAAAGUGACUUUAUUGCCUUCAAAGCUGUUCUGUCGUGGCGUUUCUUUUUUCCGAACUCACAUGCUCUCCCACAUUGGCGUUACUGUGAGGUCGGUGAUGGGCGAGUAUGUAGUUGACAUUAGUGUGAGGUCGGUGUUGGGCGAGUGUGUAGUUGACGUUACUGUGAGGUCGGUGAUGAACGAGUGUGUAGUUGACGUUAGUGUGAGGUCGGUGUUGGGCGAGUGUGUAGUUGACGUUAGUGUGAGGUUGGUGUUGGGCGAGUGUGUAGUUGACGUUAGUGUAGUUCGGUGAUGAACGAGUUUGUAGUUGACGUUAGUGUGAGGUCGG